CUUGUUGAGUCUUCAAUUUCUCUGUAGUUCUAUCCUUUUUGAACAUUUGGACUUUUCUUACUUCUUUUGUUUUCUGUUAUGUCACCAACUAACAGCAAAUUAUCCCCUUUCUUGCUCUAGUAUUUCACAUACACUUACACAUUCCCAUGCAUGCGACAUAAUAUUGAGGUGAAUGACAUGCAAUACUCGAGCUGAACAUCGUCGUUAAAGUCCAACUAAGUCCCUUUUCGCUGCAUAAUUUCAAUUUAUUGGUAUCACCUUCUUGAAAGGUCGCUAGCGCUACACAAUGGUAAAUUCUUCACAGAAUCUACAGGCGCCAGCCUCCAGCGGUGCCCGUCCAAAGCGGUCUCCGGGGCGGGGGGGCAACACAGCAGCCACGUCUUCUAAAUCCGUCCCCACUACCGUGAACCAGAUUCCUGCAGAGCUCUCAAGCGACCCAUCGUCGAAGUUGUGCGUGAUCAAGAUUGGCACGUCUUCGCUAAUGACCGAGGACAGCCGGAUCAAGCUGCCUUCUAUCGGCCGAUUGAUCGAGACAAUUAUGAAACUGCGAAAAGAGGGCCAUCGCGUGGUGUUGGUAAGUUCCGGCGCGCAGGGCUGCGGGCGCAUAAAGCUCGGACUAGCGUUUCGUCCUACCAGUGUGAGCGGGAAGCAAGCCGUCGCGGCGGCGGGACAGGCCUACUUGAUGCGAAUCUACGAGGACCUCUUCGAAAUUGCUUCAGGAGGCAAGCAGAAAGUGGCGCAGUUGUUGAUCACAAGGCGCGAUUUUAGUAGUUUUGUGUCGUUCUCCAACAUCAAGAGCACCGUAGAGGAGCUCUUACGAUGGAACGUAAUUCCUAUCAUCAACGAGAACGAUGCCGUUCACCCAACGACGGGUCUGCACGAGAAAUUCGGCGAUAAUGACCAGCUUGCAGCGUUGACUGCAAUCAAUUUAGAGGCCGACUGGCUCUUCUUGCUCACGGACGUCGACUACGUUUACACGAGCAAUCCCACGACAGAUCCCAACGCGCGACCCAUCUUUGAGGUCACUGACCUGAAAGAGCUACAAAAAGUGGUCGAGACCUCGCCGGCACCUGCACAGCCAAGCAUUGCGGCAACGCCCCACAUGCCAGCAGCAGCUGAAGGAGCGGAUGCGGAUAAAGCUUCCGUGACGGAGGUGGCAAGCGUGGAGCAGAGAUCGGGAUCUGCUGAAUCGUGUGCGGCUUCGGCUAACACUGCAGCGAACUCAGCGGCGCAGCAGCAAGCAGGCGGCGGCAGUACCUGGGGUACGGGUGGCAUGCAAACGAAGCUAGUUGCUGCGAAAUUAGCCUCGGUCGCUGGCAUUGAGUGCGUGCUAGUUAACGGUGCUGUCCCAGAACGCAUUCUAGCGUUCCUCCAAGCAGCACGUGCGCAGAGCGCGGAGCCCCAGCAAGACGCAUCCAGCACAACUGGUCCAGCAACCUCUAGCUCUUCUGCAUCCUCCAGUAGUGCUCCAAAAUUGGCAUCCUCCCGUUCUCGAAGCAACUCCCUUGUCUAUCUUCAACAGCAACAGCAAGCUUCUUCGGUCGGCGGAGCACAGUCAACGGGCUUGGUAGGCACAUUUUUCCAUGCGAACCCUUCGGUAUCGACGCUACGAUACCAAAGGCGUUGGAUAUUGGCUUUACCCCCGAAGGGGAAAAUAUUUGUGAAUCACGGCGCGGCACAAGCUUUGCUGAAGAAGAAGUCGCUCUUUGCCGUGGGCGUGGUAGCUGUGGAAGGCGAUUUCCUGGUAGACGACUGUGUCGAGAUUUACCAGGUCUCUUCGAGCUCCACGUCCCCCGUUGUUAAAGUGACUGCAACUCCAAAAAUUGUGGACCUCAGGCAGACAGGUUCAACAGUUGGAAUAGCAGCCUCGAUAGCGGACUCUCCAGCCUCAGAGUCGGAGACGGAACAGCACGAAGUAGUGAGCCCCAAAACUGGUGUAAUGAUGAACAAUUACACGGCGGUAUCAAAUGACCAUAAUGACAAGGGCACGCACCAAACGCAAACAGACGGAAAUAAUAGUAAAGGCGGUACUUCUACUAGUUCUUCUCACAAGGGUGACGCCAAGUCCUCGAGGUCGCGUCGCGGAGGCCGUCGACGAGGCGACUCAGAGGAAAGCGCCCGAAGCGCAAGGAGCGCCAAGUGCGGGGCCGCACAAAAUUUGUCUGCAGAAGCUGGCUCCCCCGUUGUCGAACCGUCUGAGCAAUUUGCGCAGGCAAUCGUUGAAUUCACAAGUCAGGAAAUCCGGAAGAUCAUGGGUCUCCGCUCCGCCGCAUUUGAAGCACGAAUAGGUUACGCGGCGAACCCUGAAGUCUGUCAUCGGGAAAACAUUUUCCUCUUACAUUAGAUUCUGGAAGACAGCAAUUUGCUGAUGUGAACAAAGUUCAUCCUGAGGCAGAAAAUGAAAUAACAGCCCUUAUCCUAUACAUAGCUGUAACCCUUCAGCCUCAAAAACUUUGGUCGUCCUGAAGAAGUAUGUCCUAU